AUGCCAAAAAUCGUUCACCAGCCACACAGCACCAUCGCUCACGGACAUCGCGCGAGCCUACCUGGGGCCGGGAUGACCAAGAAGCUCCUCUCAGUCCAGUCACAUGUCGUGCAAGGGUACGUCGGCAACAAGGCGGCCGUGUUCCCGUUGCAGUGCCGCGGCUGGGACGUGGACGUGGUUAACACCGUGCAGUUCAGCAACCACCCGGGCUACGGCACGCACACGGGCUUCCGCACGCAGCCCGAGGUGCUCGGGCGCCUUGUGGAGCAUAGCCUCGACGGCCCGCUCGGCCUCGAGCACGCGGCCGUGAUCUUGGGGUACCUGCCGGACGCCGAGGGCCUGCGGCGCGCCGCGGCCGCCAUCGCGCGCGCGUGCUGCGCGCGCCCGGCGCUCGCGUGGGUCGUGGACCCCGUGCUCGGCGACGCUGGGCGCCUGUACGUGCCGCCGGAGGUCCUACCGCAAUACCGCGCGCUACUGCGCGGCGGCGGCGUGUUGGCGGUGACGCCAAACCAGUUCGAGCUGGAGCUGCUCGUGGGCGCGGCCGCGGGCUCGCGCGCCGCGCUGCGGCACGCGCUGGACGCGUUCCACGAGCAGUUUCCGCGCGUCCCGUACGUCGUGGUCACUGACGUGCGCCUGGCCGGCGACGACGCCCUCUGCUACACCGCGUGCAGCGACGGCCGCGCCGCGCGCCUGUUCGCGACGCCGCGCCUGCCCGCCGCGUUCGCCGGCAGCGGUGACCUGUUCUGCGCCCUCCUGGUCGACGCGCUGUGCAGCGGCUCGUCGCCCGCGCUCGCGGACGCCGUGGCCUGCGCGCUCGCCCGCCUGGGCGGCGUCCUACAGCGCACCUACGAGCUCGCCUGCGCCAAGAACUGCGACGAGCCCCCGCCACAGGUCGUGCGAGACCUGAGGCUGGUCGAGUGCCGCGAUCUGCUCGUCGCAGAUGUCGCUCCGCAACUGAAGGGCGAAGACCUGCCCUGA